UACCCAACCCUUUACGGCAUCGAUAAUCUCAGGUUACACUGCUCAAGUACACGUGCAUCACAUUGGGCAGUCACGUUAGUCCUAUCUUGAAGGCUGUGAUUCAUCGCCGGAGACUUCGAAGCAUCAGUGAUGGACUCGAGAGCUCCCACCGGACGUCUGCAUCUGACUUAAUUGCAGCAGGUGCUGUUAAAAUUGGCCGGCGUCUACAUAAAUACGUCCUACCAUGCCACUAAGCGACUGCUUAACCCUCCCGCUAUAAUGGAGCAGCGCCCCCAUGUCCUCUAUAUCAAUCAUCUCAUCCGCAAAGGUCAUGGAUAUCCAUUUUGGUUUCCUGAACCAGAUUCCAGCCGCUCGGCAGCCUACACCGAGCGUGGUAUACAUCCUGGGGACGUAGGCAUCCUGAAUGACAUCGGCGGCUUCGAUUAUCUCUUCAACAUCUUUAGUGAUGCCGGAGAUCCGGUCAACAACGGCAAUGUACCCCCCAACUUCCAGCCUCUUCGUCCAUCGAACUCCGAACCUCUACGAGUUAUGCCAGGUUGUUAUGGCUAUAACAUCACCAGCGCCGACGUCAGCUAUUCAGAGAUAUCAGCGGGUAUUUCCGCCGACGUUACUGGUCUUGCCCGGGCGGAAGCAUCCUUCGAAUUUAGCACCACAAAGGAAUCUGCGGCUAUCUUAUGUCUUCCUAAUAGUGCCACAAAACACGAAAUUUUGAACAAGGCAGCGAUCAAGGCGUACACUACUGCCAACGGGGCAGCUUGGUAUAACUAUGUCAAUAGCUCGCAAUACUUGGGACGAGAGGCACCAAAUGGGUCCCUAUAUGUUGUCACUGGAUGUGACAAAACAGAUUCUUGGGGUACCGCAGCCGUUGGCAAGCCGUCUCAUAGUCGCUCGGUCCGCCUUAGCUUUAUUGCUGCUGGCAUGGGGGGUGGAGAUAUAAGAGCUGGUCAUACAUGGAGUGCUGGAUUCUCAGCAGAUACGCGCAUUUACCCUCUUCCUUCGACUAGUUAUCCUUAUCCUGUGGAUCGUGAAAAUCAGUGCAUUUUCGCGCGGGGCUUUACCAUAUCUCUGUCGGAAGGCCUUUUCAAACCCGACGGGAAAACGGUCUUAACGAACAUCUCUGGCUCUCUCAAAGACAAGGUCCCUUCCUUUGAUAAUAAGGCGCCCUGUCCACAAUUAUCUAGGGAAGCUGCUUUGCCUGGUUGUUUUUCGCUCCGCUCUUUCAUGAGCUGGAUAUUGCAUGGCACGCCAUCAGUAAUGGAUAGUGAGGAUGACGUGGACUCAAACACGGACUGGGCGCCAUCAGACAUAGGCUUCGACUGCGAGACGUCGAUAUCCGAAUUUCCCCCGCGCUACAGUGAACUCAUGAAUCCUUCCGCCGCUAUGAAUUCAUAUCUCUUGGAGAAGGAUCCAACCCUUGAUAUCGUAGUCACACACGACGAAGAAUGGAUGGAGAUCGUCCCAGAGUCCGGCAUGAAUGAAGACACUACGGACGAGAUUUUCUGGGCCCGGAUUCGGGAAAAGCUAGAUAAAAGGUCGCCCCCAUCCACAAUCGACUCGAUAUGUUUGAAUAGCUCCGCAAUCCUUAUCUGUUGUGGAAGCGACCUUCCAGAGACGUUUAGACAAUGUGGACAUAUGGAGAGGGCGAACGAGUAAGAAUGCCAUUGUCUGUUUGAAGGUUAUCCGGAGCGAAACAAAAAGUGGUUAUAAGGAAAAACGUCCCCCGGAAGCUCAAAUAUGGA